AUGACUCCAAAGUUGUCGCUGAUAAUCAUGUUUCUGAUGUCCCGGAUUGGCAUCCUCAACGCCAGUAGCCAAUGUCAUACAGGGGAACACUCUAUUGGUGGGAUGUACCUCAGAGGUCAUACAUUUAAGACGUAUCGGGUUGGUUUGCCUGAAAUGUGUUAUUUCCGGUGUGAGGAAGAAGUUACGUGUCAGAGCUACAAUUUCGUGAUUGCUCAAAAGAUUUGUGAACUGAACAAUCGUACAAAGGAAGCAACACCGGAAGAAUUUAUGCCAGAUCAGAGGAGAUUUUAUAUGAAACUCUCCCAAAAUAGAGGUACCCCCUUUACUGUUCUGCAGUGGUUUUAGCCUACCCUUUUCUCAGUAUGGAAGGAUUUUAAUCCGUCAUAUUUCAAUCACAAUUGCAGAAAACUCAGAUUUCAGGCAUCUACAGAAUUUAAGAUACAUAUUUCUAUGGCUGACCUUUGGAAGGUGUUAAUUUAAUGAUUGCUUCAUCGUUAGAAAAGGUUUUUGAAUAACUGACUCCACGCCAUUGUCAAGUUAAGUUGUAAGAAGUAUUUAAACUCAGGAACGAAGUCAAAAAAACAUUUCCCUCAGUAACCUUGACAAUGGUGUCGUAAUGAAACUAAGAAGGUGGUUAGUUUCUCUCUUUCAUUGUUGUUGUCUUUCAUCUUAUUUCUACUUCACAAUCAAAUAUAAUUACUGUAGCACAGUUUUCAUUUCUUCCUGCUUUUACAUGGUCAGGAAAGGGGGAAGCUUUCUUCUUUACCUUGUUACUUCCAUGCCAAAAAAAAUCAGAUGCUCAAGUCAUAUCAGGAGGUAUCGAAUUGCAUGAUGGUGUAAACUACCUAUUUGUAAUUCGUUUUUACUGACGCAGUUCCCCUCGGAUCCAUCAAAGAACUUCCAGCGGAUACAUGCGGUGAGAUCAAAGCGAGCGAAGGCGACGAGAUGGUUGACGGGAUACACUGGAUUUACUCUGAAGAGAAUGGCGAGGUCAUCGAGGCUUAUUGUAAAGGUAAAUUGUUUACUACAUUGGUGGACUCAAUCAUCCCUCCACUGCCUUCUUAAAUUAAUGCGUAGUUACAUUCCGACAGAUGUUUUUUUUUUAAAUAUUAAUCUCGCCGCAGUGUUCUGCAAAAAGAGUGAGUAACAGUGAAAAUGGCUUUGUUUUCAGUGAUAACGCCAAAAGAUACAACCGGAGAAGGGAUCAAUCAUAAAGACAUGAAUUAUUCUCUCCCUUACACGAAAUUGUUUUGAUCGGUCAAUGAGUUGGACAACCACUGAAUCAAUUAUCCACUUACCCCUUUUAUCACUGGAACAUAUCUUGCAAAUGACUUUUAGUUACCAUUAACAACAUAUAAUAUAACUAUCAAGAAUCACUACCUAAAUUAUUAGUGUAUUACAUUAUUUCAGAGGGCUGGCAAAAAAUAAAUGUUAAGGGGCCUGUCUGCUUUGGAGCCAAAGAUAACGAGUAUGGUUCCUUCAACAUCACAAAAAGUGGACGAGUGAAGACAAUGAAGCUUAUUCACAGGUCAGGAUCGGUGCACUGCAACCCUACGACUGGUGCAUCCUACUGGGGUUGCACUAAUCCAAGAUACGGAGGAGGAGACUUGAUGACAAUCAUCACGGGUGCCGAUAAGAAACCUUUCUUGCCGCCUGCUGAAGACCUGAAGGAUUUGGGAAUACCAGGAGAAAACGCCCACUUUUACAGUCUUCCUGGAUAUCACCAUAAUUCAACUGAGCUCGUUUUUCGUACUCUCGUCAAUCCACUGUUUGUUUUUAACAACCAAGAGAUGCAGAUUUGGUACGGACACGAUUGGAUGGAUCUUCGUGAAAGAGAUAACGGUGGAAAAACUUGUGUUGAUGUAUAUGCAUUGUAUGCGUGA